AUGGACCAGCCGUGUGCAGACAGUAAUGUUUCGCUAUCUCCUUCUAAAAUACUGGAUCGUUUACAAGUGUUACGCCAACUUCAAAUGUUGCAGCGAGGAAAACUGCAGAGACACCGUUUAGAGUACCAAGACAGCCCUGAAACUUCGUCUAGUAUUACCGAAAUUGUCAGUCACUUUAGUAAUAGCACAAGUUAUAACACAUUUCGAAGUUUAUUACAAUCUUCGCACGAAACUUAUAACGAUGUUACGCCUCGUUCGAACACAAGCAAUUUAUUACAAAAAGUCAAAGAUCAUGACUUAGUAGAAGGUGUCUCAGUAUUAAAUCUCUCACAAGAAUCCGAAUAUCUCGUUCAAUCACCGAUAUCAACAAAAAGUAACCUCUCUGCACCUUCUAGGUCUGAAUCUAUUGGUAUCAACUCAUCGAGUCAUAACGAUGAGCCUAAACCAGUAAUGAAGAAACAAAUAGCACUUGAUGAGAUGCCUAUUUUGUCACAUAAGCAAGACUUUGAAACUUUAGUAAUAGAGAAAUUAAAAAAUUAUGCUAAACCCCAGAGUAAAAGCCCAAAAAAGGAUGUAGAAAACUGCACACAAAAUAAAAAACCUUUUCUAAAACGUGGUGAAGGUAUCGCAAGGUUCGGUUUGAAAAAGAAUUCUCUUGUAAUAGAAAACACUAAGUCCUUGCCAUGGAGAAGGAAAAGCCUUACUACAAAAGUCAAUCAUACACCCAAGAAAGUUAAACAGUCUGAAAAAGAUGACAAAGUUGAUGUACAAAUUAUGGUUAAUGAUUUUAAGAAACCUUCAGAAAUUCCUAAAAUUGUACCGCCAUUGCACAAACCUCUAACUGUAAAGGAAAAACCAAAACAAUUAUUGCCACAGUGUUAUGCAGUUGAAAACUCUGUUGAUUCUAGCAACUGUGAGAUGCAUAGUAAGAAAUCUGAAAAAAGUAUACAAUUUCUGAAAGAAAAACAUCCCUUACAAACUCAGAAAGGAAAAACAUGGGCCGCAGUAUUAACAAAAGAACAGGAUGAUUUCUUAAGACAGUUGAAACAAAGUGAUUAUUACAAAAACUUUGUGUCCCCAGCAAAAAGUACUAUUUCAAAUGCUAGCUGUGAUGAAAAUCUUUACAAACUAAGACAGGAAAGAGAACGUGCAGAACAAAAUAUGUUUGAACUACUUGAAAAUAAAGUUGGCAAUGAAAGCUUCAAUUUGGAAAACUCAUUCUUCUGCAAAUUUUUGAAAAGAAACCUUGAAUCUUCUGGAGAAAGUACACCACUAGUUAUGCAGAAGUGUUUAGCAAAUAAUCCUGCAUUGAUGCACAUAUUUUCUGAUAUACAUCACAAAAAAGAUGAUACCCAAAGUGAUGCAGAUACUUGUAGUAGUCAAUACACAGAUUGCAGUGAUGAUUGCUCCUCAGCUUCUUGUUGCUGUUCUUGUAAUACUGUAGAGGAAAACCGCUCACCUCUAAAACCAAUACUGAAGAAUAAAAAAGAAGAUUUGCAGAAAGAGGGCAAUGAAAAAAGAAAGGAGGCACAUAAAGCAAAAAGAAAUAAUGAUUGUCAAGAUGACACAGUCACUGAGGAUGACACUAUGAAUGCGAAUAUGGCAGAUAUGAAUGCUAAAUUACUAGCUACAAGUGAAUUGUUAAAAGAAAGAUUGCACGAGUUAGAAGACGAAAUAGAAAAAUUCAAAAAUGAAAAUGCGAAUUUGGCAAAAAUGCGAGAAGAUAUUGAUUUAGAAAGGCAAAAGUUUUACGAGGAGAAAAAUGCGUUUGAACAAAAAUAUAAUGAAGAAAAAGUUUUGUCUGAAUAUUAUUUGGCUGAAGAAAAAGAGAAACUUACAAAACAAAAACAACAGUAUGAAAGAUAUGUUAGGGAAAUGAGAGGAAGACUGAAUAAAAAAGAAAAAGACGAAGUAAUCAAUUUGAAGAAAGAAAUUAGUGAUUUGAAAGAAGAAAUAAGGAUAAAAGAUGCCAAAUCAACUUCAACUAUUGCAAGAUUAAGGAACCAGAUCAAAAUAAUGGAAAAGGAGAAAGACAAUUUACAGAAAGAAGUCGAAAAGCUGAAAAAAGAGAACAGAAGAAUUCAACAUAGUAAUGAAGUAACAAGAAGGUUGACCAACUUAAAAUAUCUUGAACAGAUAAAUAAGAAAUUAACAAACAUGUCUAAAAAUACUCAGUCUGAAGUAGGUUUGGAUACUGAUGUAAAAUACAAGGCGUAUGAAAUUGAAAGACAGAGUAGAAGCAGAAAAGUUGAACCUGCAGCAAAAGGUCUCGUACGACCGAGAGCAAAAAGUGUACCAAACUUGAAAGUAACUUCCCGUUACGCUAAAUAUUUCAGUCAAAGAGAUGCUGUAAGUCAAUUGGAGAAAAAUGAUAUGACUAAUUUUGAGAUCAUACGCGCCAAUUCCGACGAUGAUUCAGACUCUAAUCAGAAUAACAUAGAAUCGGAAUUUAUUCAAAAUAACGACAAUUCUUCAAACAACGACGAUGAUAAUAAUAUAGAAAGAAUAUACUUAGAAAGAUUUCAAUCUGAAGAAAGACAUCAAUCUGGUUCAUCGAAAAGUAAUUCAAAUGGGUCUAAUUUGUCUAAUACCGAUAAAAAUGGUUUCAUAGAUAACCCUGAUCCAUAUUUUAUUCGAAAAUCUCUUUCAGAUUCAAAAGAAUCUAUAUUAUCUAAUCACUUAUCUCCCCGUUGUCCAAGUCUCAGAUCUAAUGGCUCAAAAUCUCCUAUUUCAAUACUAAGUAAUCGCUCUGAUCAAAAAUCACCAACUUUCGCUAAAGAUAACCUAAAUUACUCAAAAGAAUCAAACAAUUCACAGAGGCGAUCUGGCUCUCCAGUCUCAAAUCUUAGUAAAUUUUCUGGCAGUCAAAGAUCACGCACUAUUAUAAAUCAAGGCCAAUAUAGAGACAAAUUGUCAGUAACUCCUGAACCUUCAACAAGCAAGACAAGUUUGACGAAAACUAGUUUGAACCCUACUGAAAUUAAGAAAUCUGAUGGAUCAAAAGAACUAAGAUUCCCAAAUGGAAAUGUGAAGUAUAUUUCUGCAGAUGGAAAAUAUACUAAGUUUAUUUAUUAUAAUGGCGAUGUAAAGGAGAACUUCUUUAGUGAAGGGAGGAUUAAGUAUUUUUAUGCUGAUGCUAAAACAUAUCACACUACGCAUGCUGAUGGUCUUGAAGUUUUAGAGUUUCCUGAUGGUCAAGUAGAAAAACGCUAUAAAGAUGGCUCAUCUGAGAUACGGCUUCCGAAUGGUAGCAUUCGCUAUUUCGAUCCAAAGAACAAACAUGUGAAAGAAGAAUGGCGGUUCCCCGACGGCACGGUGCUUACAAUAGCAGCUGAUGGAGAACAGAAGAUCGUGUUUAGUAAUGGACAAGUUGAAGUGCAUGCUAAGGAUCAUAAGCGUCGAGAAUUUCCAGACGGAACAGUAAAGUUGGUGUAUAAUGACGGUACUUCCGAAACACGAUAUGCAUCAGGUCGUGUAAGAAUCAAAGAUAAGCAUGGUAAUCUUAUUAUGGACUCAUCACCUGGGUAAUGAAUUAUUAAUGACAAUACAGAUGAUAGUUUUGGAUGUUGUAUUUCACUUGUUAGCAUAGAAACUAAUAAUCUGCGAACAAUCACUGAUAAUUAUAAGGCUCAUUAAUACAUUAUCUAAGAAAAAGCUAGUAACUUGAGGUUACAGUGACUGGUGGCUAGCAGCCAUUAUCUAUGCUAGCAACCGAUAAUAUUUGUAUGUAGAAUGUUGUUUCUUGUGACCUCUGAGGGCGCUGUACAUUUUCUGUAUCUAAUGCACCCAGAUGAAUUCAAAUUGUUCAAUUAGGUGAACAAAGUUUACUAAAAUCAUGUUUAAUGCACCCAAGUGAUUUAAAGUUUACUAAAAGUGUAAGUUAACAAACGCGACAUUUUCUAUACAAAAUUAUCAAAUAUUUUACGCAGUCGCUAGCGAAAACUACCAUUGUAAACUCAUGGUAGAGACGCCAUGCUACGCGCAUGGUAGGCGCGUAGUCAAAAUAACGACAUAGACACUAUUCAUUAAUGAAACCAGUUUCACCAAAAAUUAGAUUGAAACAAUCUCUCGUUUUAAAAAUUCAUCUCUAGAUUGUACGCAUCUUGUGUAUCAAUUACGUGUAUUGUUACGCAUAACCAGUGAUACGCCUGGGAAAUCUGAUACGCCAAAAUAGUACAAAUGUAAUUUACUUAGGCUCAAUUUAUAUUGCGGCGGAACUGAAUGGAAGCGAAUUUUUGUAACGAUAUUGUACAUAGCAUAAUGAACUUUAUGGUCAAUUGUGUAACGUACAAACUAGAUACAAGACAAAAAUCACGUCGCGCUCCGCGGAAUUCUCGUGCAUUUGCGGGAAGUAGCGCAAAGGCAAGCGCAGUGUAAAGUCGACCUUUGACAAAAUACUACAGCCUCAAGGCGCGGUCGCUGGAAUGCUCGAGUAUUCCGCCUUCUCGCGCAGCGAGGGCGAAACAGACGCUACCAUUCCAUUCUGUUCCGCCCGCGCCGUAAUGUAAAUUAAACCUUACCGUUUCUAAAUUGAAAGUAUGACAAACCUAAUUAAUUACAAAUUUUCUGUUGAGUUUUGUUUUGGAAUAAUCGCCACGCGAAUUUGAAUUGUUCAUAUUAUAAAUGUUGCCGAUUAAGAAG